AUGGAUAGCACCAAACUUUUGUGCCCGACAUUGAGUGUCGUUCUAGUCAAAACUAUUAAAGCCUUAUGUGAAAUUAAUAUAAAAUAUGAUUCCAAAUUGGAAAUUACAGGCAGUUUGCAUGUAAGAUCAGAUGGUCAAAAGGUACUCACUUGUCUUUUAGAUGAGGAAUCGGUCAAGGGCCAGCAUGAUGCAGCCAGGAUUGCCGAGCUAGCAACAAGAUUAAGUAUGGCAGCAGCAACAUUUCCAUUUGCCCAUCUGCAAAUUCCAGCUACUGUCAACCAUCACAACCAUCACCACACUCCUCAACAGUUAGCAGCAGAGUUGUAUUUGUCGUCCAGCGGAGGAGAUGUUCAUCUGGUCAAUGCAAACAUGCAGCAGUCAUCUGUUGCUAUGCAGGUUGAAAGAGUGGCUGCUUUACGUGAAGAUAAUAACCAACAACUUCAGGCAAUCAUACCCCAGCAGCUCACAGUUGGUCUUGGGAGUAAUGCACAAUUGACUACUGCAGUGUAUCAUCAUCAUCUGCAUCUCAAACAGCCAGACUCAAAUUCUACUGGGGUGCAGAUGUUAGUGCAGGAGUCUAAUGAAGAAAUACGAAUAAACCAAGCUACUGUACGUCCUUUUGAAAAUCUGGUUGCCAAAUUGCCCAAUCAACAGUUGCAACAGCAACAAACAAAUCAGCAGCAGCAGCAACAACAAAGCCGAAAGUCAAAACACAGCCAACAUAUUCAAAAUGAAAGCACAAACAGAAUAAAUUUAUCAUUAAAAGAGUCACCACCAUCAUCUAUAUAUGAACGAAAUCUGGCCACUCCAUCCUCUCAGAAUCACAUCAAGCUACCUGACAUACAAACAUUAGCACACAGCCUACCUAAAUAUCCUAAUCAAAAAUUGAAAUCAGGUGUAGUGGCCAGCUUCAUAAACAGUUCAGGUCAUCAGGUCACUGCAGUGGAUCUGCAAUCCUCAAAAAGUCCAGACAAUUUAAACUCAUCUAUAGCCACUUAUGCAUACAUUCCUCACAGUUUACAACAACAACAGCAGCAACAGUUAAUGUACAUUGAGCAACAGCAGAUGCAACAGUCUUUGCAACAACAGCAGCAACAACAACAAGAUAACCUUCAAUCUGAUUCCACACCCCCUAGUUUAGAUGGCCCACCAAUAAUUGAAAGCAUGGUGAGUGAUGAUAGCCAUACCAAUUCAUUAAACAAUGGCACCUUUCCAAAUGAUUCAACAUCAAUUUCAAUGACUACGUCUCCAUCUUUGACAUCAUCAACGACAUCAACCUCUACAUCAGCAAAAAUAUCUACAUCAUCUGAUCUAGAAGCUGCAAUAUCGCGCCGUAAAAAAUUCCAAUGCAUGUUCUGCGGUAUAUUUCUUUCGACAAAGUGCUACUUGAAAAAUCAUGUCAAUGCUGUUCACACCCGAGCACGUGUUUACCCGUGUGAACUCUGUGAACGAUUCUUCUACUCUGCUGGUGCAUUGCGCAUACACAAGCUACGUAACCAUUGGCAUGGAGCUAAGAAGCAUGUUUGUGGUCAGUGUGGGGAAACUUUUUUGCUACCUAUUGAACUGAGAAAACAUCUCGUCAAAAAGCAUUUUAUAAUUUCUCCUGAUGGUGUUGUUGACAACGAUAACAGCCUCAUUACUGAUAAUAACAACUCGCAACAGUUUAAAAUGGAGGAUGUUGAUUUACCAAUGCCACAACUUCAUCCAGAAAACUUAGAAGCGGCUACAGCUGCUGCAGUUUUAUUAAAUGACACAUCCUUAGUUUGUACUCCAGUUUCCAUUUGUUACAGAUCAUCACCAAGGCAACUUAACUCUGAACCGCCACUUACUGUUGAAGAUUCUCAUUUAGGGUAG